AUGGAGCAUGAUUCUGAGGUUAGAGAUUUCACUAAACUAGCCUUCAGAUCCCCCUUGGUUAAGGAGGAUGACCUUCUCCUCAGGAACCACAUUGGUAUCCCGGACAUUCAGGCUUUAAUGGCCCAGAGGUAGAUCCUGCUCUGUUAUCUAUCACAGGGAGCAGCGUAUCCUCUGAUCCCACAGACCAGAUUUUUCGCAAUAUACAGUUCAAAAUUGCUGAUGCUGUUGGCCCACUAUUACUGAUGCUGAUGCUUCAUCUCUGUUGGCAUCUAAGAUGGCUCUUUUAAAAGUGUCUGGCAGGGCAGUGCUAAUCCUUUAAUUACAUAUCAAACAUCCGCAGAUCCCGCUGGCUCCAUGCAGCAUGUCUGUCUGACCUAGCCCCCAAAUCGCACGAGUUCCCAAAUUUGGAGGAUUCUUACCUAUUCGGUCCCUCGUUCAUUCAGGAGGGUAAAGGCCAUUACAAGGCAUGGAGAUCCUUUUCAGAACUCAAGAAGUCCGUCCCUGGCUACAAAGCCCUUUCAGACAGAGGGUCGCCCCUGUAGGGCUGCAGAAGCGUCCCGAGAAGCCUUUCACCAGGCCCAGUACCGCCACUACAGUGGAAGACUCCUGAGCGGUGGCAGAGGAGCGCAUUCCAGAGGCGGUUCAGCUUCCAAUAGAAAACCCAUGCAUUCAAGUACAUGUGCCCCCUUAUAUGCCACUAAAUUGGAAGGAUAUUUACUCAGACAAAUGGGUUCUAAAGAUUUUUCAAAGGGGUUUACAACUCUCCCUUUUAAGGUUUCCAGUCCAGAAAUUUGCACCCCACAGAGAGGUGAACCCAGUGCUAGAUGCCUCCCUUUCCUUAGCUUUAAAUCAAGGGAAGAUAGAGUUGGCAGACAUGUCUAUCACAGGAUGGGUCAGCCCAUUGUUCCCAAUCCCAAAAUCAGAUGGGUCCUGGAGACCGGUCCUAAACGUGAGGUCUCUGAAUGUUUUCAUCAAAAGGAUGGUUCAGGAUGGAGGGUUUAUCAGAUCUUCCAGGCUUAGUACAGAAGGUUAGACCUAAAAGUUAGACCUGCAUAAAGUUAGACCUAAAAGAUGCCUUCCAUUCAGUCCCCAUAGCCAAGAAACACAGGCGGUUUCUCAGGUUUCAGUGGAAAAGAAAAGUGUGGCAGUGGACCGUUAUGGUGUUUGGUCAAUCCAACGCACCAUACACAUUCUCCAGAAUUAUGAAAUCAGUGAUAGCUCUUUUUAGAUUAAAAGGUUUCAUGUGUCUGUACUAUCUAGACGACAUCCUGCUCAUAUACCCAGAUGGGGAAGUCCUUGCUUCUCAAAGGGAUUACCUUGCUUCCCUUUUACAAGACCUAGGAUUUGUAGUAAAUUUACAGAAAUCAGUCCUAAUUCCCACUCAAAGCAUCCUCUUUCUGGGUUUCAUACUGAACACCAGGACUAUGUCUCUAGGAAUCCCUCAAGACAAAUGGGACAAAUUACUGGUACAUCUGACCUCAUCCCUCAGGCACCAGAGUUGGUUCACCUUUGGACCAGUAUCUGUAAUUUCUAGAUAAUUCACAUUACAGAGUUUGAUUGUUCAUGUCCGUGCUAACUAUUCUCUCUCUGAUACAGGUUUUUUUCUAUUGGAACACCAGACUUGCAUCUUCCAGUACAUGCUGGGAAGCGUCGGACACAGUCUCUUAGUGCUCUUCCCAAGGAUCGAGACUCUUCCUCUGAGAAGGAUGGACGAAGCCCCAACAAAGUGAGUCUGCUCUCAGAAACACAAAUGAUGUUAUAGAGUUGUUCAGGUUGUGAUUGCUAGCAUAACAUCUUAACAUAUCGGGCAUAGGACAUUCCUAGCAAUUGCAAAAUAAGGGAAAAAAAUUGACACUUCCCUCUAAUACGUCCAUAAGGUUUCAAAUUUCUUACACUACUAGUAAGUGACUUGCAGUGGCGAGUCCAUUUUAUGGCCCUGCGAGGGACUUGCCUUUUUUAAGCUGGAUGUGUAUAAGUAUAUUUACACAAUAUUCUAUGUAUAGAGCUCAAAAUUUCCUUUUGCAACUAGCUAUUAAGGAGUAAUAUUUUAAGCUGGGAAAUAGAAAUUCACCCCUGGUGACUAGGCUUUGAUUUACACUGUGAGUAACUUUUAAAGCCUAGCUAGUGGCAUAGAAUUUAGGAUAGUAUGCCCCUUGUAUAUAUGUUUAUAUAUUAUAUUGUGUGUAUUUUUCUUCUUUUUGCCAGCGAGAGAAAGAUCAUAUUCGCCGUCCCAUGAAUGCCUUCAUGAUCUUCAGUAAGAGACACAGAGCCCUGGUGCAUCAGCGCCACCCAAAUCAGGAUAAUCGUACUGUCAGCAAGAUCUUGGGGGAGUGGUGGUACGCUCUGGGGCCCAAAUAG